AUGACGUCUCUAACCCCCCGCCCUCCCUAUACCGACGAUGAGCUCCAGAAGCUCUACCCACCGGGUCUCCAACUCCAACAAGUCCAGAUCCUGAUGCGCCACGGCGAACGCACCCCCGUAACCGCCCGCUUCCAAAAUGCCGGUCUCAAGCCCUUCUGGCCCUACUGCGCCAGUGUCCGCCAGAUGAGGUCGAUAAUGCUCGACUACAACGGCGAGAACAAGAACAGACCCCACGACCCUCUAACCAGCAAGACCGGAGACAACACCCCCUUCCACACGGUCGAAUGGAAGCGUCGUCUGGAAACCUUUGGCCCCAACGACGAGCCCGUGGUAGCCAAGGGCCCCGCCAACGAACUCGACGACGUCUGUGACUUCGGCGCCCUGACAGACCUCGGCCGCCAGUCGACCUCACGCUUGGGAAUGCGCCUCCGCAAGCUCUACGUCGACCGCCUCGGCUUCCUGCCCGAGACUAUCAUCUCCACCGACGACUUCUACCUGCGGUCGACUAACGUGCCCCGCGCGCUCGAGUCCAUGCACCAGACCUUCCAAGCCUUGUACCCGCCCUCUUCGCGCGAGGCCGACCCGAAAACGGGCAAGUUUCCCGUGCCCACCGUUUUGACCCGCGGUCCCGGUGACGAGACAUUGUACCCCAACGACGGCAACUGCCGACGCUUUGCCGCCUUGUCGAGAGCAUUCGCCCAACGCGCGGCGGACAGGUGGAACGCCACAGAGGAGAUGGAGUACCUAAACAAAGUCUACGGCAAGUGGAUGCCAGCUAACAGCCCACGCGUCGCCGUCGACUCACGCCCUCGCUUGUCGGGUAUUAUGGACACCGUGAACGCCAGUCUGGCGCAUGGGCCGCAGACCCGGCUGCCGGAGGAGUUCUACGAUUACAAGGCCCGUAGGAUCAUGGAGAGGAUUGCCAGUGACGAGUGGUUCGCGGGCUUCAACGAGAGUCGCGAGUAUCGCAUGCUGGGAAUGGGUAGCUUGCUGGGUGAUGUCGUGGGGAGAAUGAUUAGUCGUGCUGAGCGCACCAACGCAACCCCAGGAACAAAAUCGGAUACCUCGGACCCCUCUGCCUCUGACAUCAAGUUCGGUCUGUCUGGGUGUCACGACACCACGCUGGCGGGUAUACUCGCCAGCUUGGGUGCGCACGACAGCAGCAGCUGGCCUCCGUUUACUAGCCACAUUGCUAUUGAGCUGUUCCGUAAGGCGGACAGCAGCUCGCCCUCCUCCACCGAAAUUGCAGUAACACCAGCCAAGCGUGGCUGGUGGCAGUCCAUGUUCCCCGGCAGCGCUGUUUCCUCGGCCAACCAAAAAGAUGCCUCGGGCAUUCGCAGGAAAUCGACCGAGUACCUGACUUCUUCCGAGAAGUCCAAGCUGGACGGAUACUACGUUCGCAUGCGGUACAACGACGAGCCGGUGGCGAUUCCGGGAUGCAAGGUGCCGGGGAACCAUUUGGAGGGGGACGAAUCGUUUUGCACUUUGUCCGCCUUCAAGUCAAUAGUCGACAAGUUCACUCCCCAGGAUUGGAAGCAGCAGUGCCGGAUGAACUUAGGCCAGCCGGCUACGCCUCCUAGCGGUGAGCCUGAGUGGGCUGGUCACCCUUAA